AUGAAAAUUAAGCCAACUAAUGAACAUUCAAAUGUGUUGACUCAUAUUCACUUCAAAAAUAUAAUGGAUUAUGAAAAGGGUUUAGAGAUCCAAGAAAAUUUUGUUAGAUUAAACCUUGAUUUUAAAAAAAUUGAAUCAAAGAUUUUUAAAAAUCUAAGAUUAUUGAAUGAAAAACAAGCAAGCAUUGAAGAUCAUAAUGAAGAUAAAAGCCAAAUUAAUAAGGAAGAUGAACUGAACAUGUCAGAUUACGAACAAAAUUUAGUCAAAAAAAUUCUAGCUGAUAAACCAAAACCAUUAGUCUUGACUUUUGAAUUCAAUCCAAUUUAUACUGGCGGUAAAAGAGAGAAAAAACAAACAAUUGAUUCUGAAAUUUACAAUUAUAAUGGUGCACACUACUUACAAGUUGAAAGAGGUGGGCAAAUAACAUUUCAUGGGCCUGGCCAAUUGGUAGCUUAUCCAAUUUUGGAUUUACGAUCUUUUGCCAACUUGUCUCCAAAAUGUUAUGUUUCAAUUUUGGAAAAUUCAAUAAUAUCCUUGUUAAAAAAAAAAUUCGGGAUAACUGCAAUAACUAAUAGCCACACAGGAGUUUGGUUGAACGAACAUCAUAAGAUCGCAUCAAUUGGAAUUCAAAUUAGAAGAGCGAUAACAAGUCAUGGAAUUGCUUUGAAUAUCGACACAGACACUGAUUAUUUUAAUUCGGGAAACUUUGUUAUUUGUGGUUUGCCUUCAGAUUGUAAAACAGUUACAAUUAAAGAACUGAUUAAAGACAAAAAUAUGGUUGGUGCAGAUGAUUUAUCGAUUGAAAAUGUCGCUAUCCAGUUCGUAAAAGAGUUUAGUACAUGUUUGGGAAUAAAAAAUACAGAGUUUUAUAGUUUUGAGUAG